GUGUCUGUGAUUUGCGCAUUGUGAGCGGAAGUACAUUAAGGCGACCUGCGCACGAGCAAGUUGGGUAAGCAUGAUGGCCGGCAGAUGGGUCGCCGGCGGGUUUUGCUCCCGCUUGUCGAGACUAAGUAGCUUCCCCAUCUCGGCUGCUCGCCGUGCAUCAGCCGUCGCCCGCUGCCCCGUGGCCGCGUCGCGGUUCCUGUCGCCCUCUCGCGUGCUGUCCCGGCCGCUGCCCCUCGCACCCUGUCGCGGGGUGUCAUUCAACGUGCAGGACAGCGAGGACUUUACAGAGAGGGUCAUCAACAGCGAUGUGCCUGUACUUGUUGACUUCCAUGCUCAGUGGUGUGGUCCCUGUAAGAUCCUUGGCCCUCGGCUGGAGAAAGUGGUUGCCAAGCAGCAGGGACGCAUUGUCAUGGCGAAGGUUGACAUAGACGAGCAUACAGACCUGGCCAUCGAGUAUGGGGUGUCAGCAGUUCCUACCGUGAUCGCCAUGCGGGCGGGAAAGGUCCUUGACCAGUUUGUGGGGAUUAAGGACGAAGACCAGCUGGAUUCGUUCAUUGGCAAGCUCGUUGGACUGUGAGCGGGUCACUUUUCAUGCUGUCACCGCAUGGAUACUGAAUCUUCAGUACAUACAGAGACGUGACAUUCACGUGCUGAAAUACUAACACGAAUACGGUAACUUACAUGCCACAACUAAACUCCUCCUUAGCUGAAAGGGCACGGAGGUCAAUUGCAUCCUAGUAGACUGGAGCGUUUAGGAAAAAAUUAUUUCUUUCUGUGAGACUUUAAAACUCUUCUGUGAAUGAUGCAAGAACUUGAGCUGGUGUCGGUGGUGUAGGAUCAAUCUGCAGGUUAAAUGACACGAAGGUGAUGACACUGCUUAACUAUGAUUUGCAAUUACAUAUUUUGGCCACCGGGCGGCAGCCCCAGCCAAUUAGUACCCUGCCCAAUAAUGUGAGUUUUGCACGUGACAUUCAGGGUUUCUCUAUCUCAUGUCAUUGUCUCUUGUUCGGGUCUGAACUUUGUAUUAUGUUGUAUUAUGAUGAAUUAUUCAGUGAAGAAUGAAUUUUAAUGAAGUUUCGGAAUGGCUUAGAAUCUAAAACCAAAUAAAUAGAAAAGAGCGUUUCAUUGUUUCGUCAACAA